AGCUGGAGAAAGAACGAAACCGAGGCAUUGGGAAACCGCUGCUAGGAGGGCCCUUCUCACUCGUCAACCACGAGGGACAGCCCAAGACCAGCAAGGACUACAUUGGCCAGUGGGUGCUGAUCUACUUCGGCUUCACACACUGCCCUGACAUCUGUCCUGAUGAACUGGAGAAAAUGAUUGAAGUGGUAGAUGAAAUUGAUAGAAUUCCAUCUUUGCCUAAUCUGACCCCACUCUUCAUCACCAUUGAUCCUGAGAGGGACAACGAAGAAGCCAUUGCCAGAUAUGUUAAAGAAUUUUCUCCAAAGCUGAUCGGAUUGACUGGUACCAAGGCACAGAUUGACCAAGUGGCCAAAGCUUACCGUGUGUAUUACAGCGAAGGUCCUAAAGAUGAAGACAAUGAUUACAUAGUGGAUCACACAAUAAUAAUGUACCUCGUCGGGCCAGAUGGCGAGUUCGUGGACUAUUAUGGUCAGAAUAAGAGGAGCACUGAGAUUUCUGCUUCUAUUGCUGCACACAUGAGAAAAUACAGAUCCUGAAACCAAGGUCCUCAAAGAUUGAUGUGACCGUCACCUGCAGAUUUAGCUGUAAUUGGGCAUUGGAGUUAGAGCAGAAAUAUACAAGUGUAACAUCCUGUUACCACCUUUCUUCCAAAUAAGAAAAGCGACCGUACUUCUGCAAAAUACCAUUCUCAAAAAUCUCUACAGAGCCUUCCCCAUGGAUAUUGUUUGCAGCAAGAUCUAGGCUACAGAAUGAAAUUUG